AUGGCGAUUGGCUUAAGACUAGUGAUCGGAGUGUUGGGUGCGGUAGCGGUCGGUCUGUUCUCAUCGCACAGAUCCAGUCUCAGUGUCGCCAUUGUGUCGAUGGCUAAGUAUAAUAGCAGUGCUACGGGUGUGAGAGAUGACAGUGAUGAGGGGCAGUGUUGGCUACAGUCUGGCAAUAAUGGGAACAGUAGUUCACAAAACAGUAACCCUAUUAUUAGGGGUGAAUUUGAUUGGAGUGAAUCACUACAGGGUGUUAUAUUAGGCGCCAGUUUUUACGCCUACUUAAUAACGCCGACAAUCGCCGGCAGAAUCACCGAAAGGUUUGGUUCAAAAUGGGUGACCGCUGUCUCACUCACAGUACCGGCGAUUCUGUUAGCGCUGAUACCGACCGCCGCGCGCCUACACGUCGGCGCUCUCAUCGUAGUACUCGUAAUAAUGGGUUUAUUUCACGGAUGUAUAUUCACAUCCCUGUUCUCACUGUUCGCCCACUGGUUCACAGCACCGGAGCGUACGAUUGCCAUCGCAUGCCUGGCCGCCGGUCAGAACGUCGGCAAUUUAAUUACCUAUCCAUUGGCCGGUUAUCUGUGCGACAGGGGGUUUGCCGGGGGCUGGCCGUCAGUGUUUUACGUGAUAAGUGUGGCACACAUUCCGUGGAUUAUAUUAUGGAUAGUUUGUGUGGAAAACACACCUCUUAUUAGCAAUACUAAGGGUUUCACGAAAUGCUCGGACGAAGAGCUCAAAUAUAUUUACUAUAAUAAGAGUUCGUUCGGAGCGCCGGAAAAGUCAUCGUCUGCCCCGUGGAAAAGUAUAUUCACCUCCCGGGCCGUGUGGGCAGUCCUUAUUGGCAAAGUGUGUGCCAGUUGGGGCUAUUUCCUCUAUCAGACUAAACUGCCAUCUUACGAACUAUUUCAAGGCACUCUAGUUUUUGGCGUAUCACUACUCAAUAACGGACUAUUCAAUGCCAUGACAUCCCUGGCAGUGGCUGUGACCAUGGCUUUAGGCGGACCCUUAUCUGCGUUUAUAAUCAAACGGUUUGGACACCGAUUGUCGCGCACGAGAAUCAGAAAAAUAUUUGAAACAACAGCCCUUAUCGGACCGGCAGUAUGUCUGGCAGUAAUUACGGGAAUGGGAUGUAAUGCCAACGGAGUGGUGGGUCUACUCAUAACCGCACUGUUUCUGUACGGCUUUGUGACGGGCGGAGAGUUUUCCAUUUACGGC